AUGAAACUGAUCUUCUGGAAUUGUCAGGGGUUAGGGAAUCCCCUAACAAUCCAGCAACUAAAGACUAUGUGCAAAACUGCCAAUCCAGAUAUGGUCAUAUUAGUUGAAACAAAAAACAAGUUGGAUAAAACCCUUACACUGACAAAGCCCUUAAAGUUCCAGAAACAUUUUGUGAUUGAGCCUCAAGGAAACUCGGGAGGCAUGGCCCUAUUUUGGAAUCUGGAUAUUCAGGUUCAAAUUCAUCACUAUGAUACUUAUUUUGUAGCUAUGUCACUAAUAGAUCAAUUUGAUGUUUGUUUUGAUCUAUCUUUUGUUUUUGUGGGGGACUUUAAUGAUGUCUUAGAUCAAACAGAUAAGAUAGGAGGUCUUCCCUUUGAUCCAAACCAGCAUGUAAUCUUUCAAACCUUUAUUUUCAAUAUGAAUAUGCAUAGUUUAAGCUAUUUGGGUAGUGAUUAUACUUGGAGCAAUCGUAGAGCACAUCCAUACCUUAUCCAAGAGAGAAUUGAUCGUGUUUUUGCUAGCCCAGACUGGUUACAACGCCAUAUUCAUGCACAAGUCCAGCAUUUAGAUGUGAUUGGAUCAGAUCAUUGUGCCCUACUGUUUACAACGGAUACAACUAUACCUCAACCAAAAGGCAUGUUUCACUUUGAUAAACAUUGGCUCAAUCAUCCACAACUACACCAGAUCAUUGAAGAAGCGUGGAAGUUCAACUCUACUGGCUCUCCAAUACAAUUGGAGCAGCAGCUAUACGAGGCACGCAAACAGGAGGAUGAAUUUUGGAGACAGAAAUCGCGGCAGAUUUGGCUACAACAGGGGGAUCAAAACACAAAAUAUUUCCAUGCCAGCACCAUGCAACGUAGGAGGAAAAAUACUAUUCUUGGUUUAAAUGAUUCCCAUGGAAAUUGGAUCACACAGCCUCACAUGAUUCAACAACUAAUACUGGAGCAUUUCAAGGAUCAAUUUACCUCCACAAUUCAAAGUACGCAAACACAGGUAAGCAAUCCAGUCCCAAAUAGAGUCAAUUUCGAUAUGAAUUUGGCAUUAUGUAGACCAGUUUCAAUUCAGGAAAUAUCCAAUGCUACAUUCUCCAUUAAUCCUUCCAAAGCCCUAGGGAGUGACGGGUUUACCUCCUUGUUCUACCAAAAUUUCUGGUAUCUCAUCCAAAAUGACAUUGUUUUAUCGAUUCAAAACUUCUUCCAAGGAGGUCACAUAUUGACUAGCUUAAACCAUACAAUCAUUGCCCUAAUCCCUAAAAUCCCUAAACCUCUCAUAGUCUCAGAUUUUCGGCCCAUAAGCCUUUGUUCAGUCUUUUACAAGAUAAUUUCUAAAAUCAUUACAUCCAGACUUCAAAACAUUGUGCCUGUCUUAACUUCCCAAAAUCAAAAUGCUUUUACAAAAGGGAGGUCCAUUUCGGAUAAUGUCUUACUGGCUCAUGAACUGAUUCACUAUUUGAAAACCCGACCUUCAGGAAACACCCAUUUCAUGGCUCUAAAAUUAGAUAUCAGUAAAGCCUACGACCGGCUGGAGUGGCCAUACAUUCAUUCUAGUCUUACUGCUUGGGGUUUCCACCCAUCUUUAUUAACUGGAUCAUGA